UGAGGACCUCUGACCGCCCGGCCUUCUGUCCUGGACGCUUCGACUGCUACCUCAGGACAUGGUUGUGCAGGACAGUGCGGACCCCGGGGACGCCGGGCUGGUGCUCCUGGAGCCCUUCCUGCACCAGGUGGGGGGGCACCUGAGUGUGAUGAAGUACGACGAGGACACCGUGUGCAAGCCCCUCGUCUCCCGGGAGCAGAGGUUCUACGAGUCCCUGCCCCUGGCCAUGAAGCGGUUCACCCCGCAGUACAGAGGCACCAUCACGGUUCAGCUACAGAAAGACAGCCUGGGCCACCUCAGCCUGGUCGCCACCCCGCUGCAGGAGGACCAGGAGUCCUUCCAGGUCUCUGCGGGGCCAGCGGUGGCGAUAUGGCAGAAGCUCCAGCAGACCACCCGCGGCGGCGGUGCGGGGCCCCUCGCCCAGUGGCAGCACGCCCGGCUGGCACACGCGCUCCCGAAGAGCCCGGCCACUGCCCUCCUGAGGUCCGAGUUCCACCUCAGCACCCACGUCGCCUUCCUGGUGGAAGAUGCUAACGGGAACCAGGCCACGAGGGGGAGCUUGAACCCGUGGGGUCUGCACUGCCACCAGGCCCACCUGACCCGCCUCUGCACCGAGUACCCACAGAACAAGCAGCACCGGUUCCUGCUGCUGGAAAACGUCGUGUCCCAGUACAAGCACCCCUGCGUGCUGGACCUGAAGAUGGGGACCCGGCAGCACGGGGACGACGCGUCCGCCGAGAAGAAGGCGCGCCACAUGACCAAGUGCGCGCAGAGCACCUCGGCCUGCCUGGGCGUGCGCAUCUGCGGCAUGCAGGUUUAUCAAACUGAUAAGAAGCAUUUUCUCUGCAAAGACAAGUACUAUGGAAGGAAACUCUCGGUCGACGGGUUCAGACAAGCCCUCUAUCAGUUCCUGCACGACGGGACCCGCCUCCGGACAGAGCUGCUGGGGCCCAUCCAGCGCCAGCUGCAGGCCCUCCUCUCGGUCAUCAGGAGCCAGAGUUCCUACCGCUUCUACUCCAGCUCCCUCCUGGUCAUCUACGACGGGCAGGAGCCGCCGGAAAGAGCCCCGGGCAGCCCGCACCCGCAGGAGGCUCCGCAGCCCGCGCCCGGCAGCUGCCCCGGAGGCCUCCCCAAAGUUGACAUCCGGAUGAUCGACUUCGCUCACACGACAUACAAGGGCUCCUGGAAUGAGCGCAGCACCUAUGACGGACCAGACCCGGGCUACAUUUUCGGCCUGGAAAACCUCAUCCAGAUCCUGCGGGACAUCCAGGAGGGACAGUGAGACGUGGUGGUCCCCCCGGUUCUAGAGCACAGUAUCCAGAGAGACCUAUUGGUAGCAAGGAUAGCCUAGACCAGUGAUGGUGAACCUAUGACACGUGUGUCAGAGGUGACACGCAAACUCAUUUUUUUGGUUGAUUUUUCUUUGUUAAAUGGCAUUUAAAUAUAUAAAAUAAAUAUCAAAAAUAUAAGU